CAGGCCAGGCCAGGCCAGUUUUACCAGAGUCAGCCAAAAUGGACGCUUAUUCAAUGUCUGUGAACAGACCCUCGCGUGAAACCACGUCCCAGAUAUACCAGGACCUGAAGACGUCGCGCCAAUACGGUGCCACUGACCCGGUCCCUGGCACCGCGCCGAAGAGACUAAGCAUUAUGGAUAGGAUCCUAAAGGUACUAGGACCCCCGAACCUUCCCUACUUACCAGUCUACUCCCCGUCCCGAGCCUGAAUUAAGUGGGGAAUCCUCAAGCAGUUGUGAAAAGGAUGAGAGGGGGGCAUCCGAUUGUGUCAAUUAUAUAUGCUUGAGAACCGUCGUGGUCAUCUUGAGACUGUCGAGCCGAGCAGGAAACCGCAUAUUGGUGUAAUAGGGGCUGGCCUCGCCGGCCUCCGCUGUGCCGACGUACUGCUUCGCCAUGGCUUUCGCGUAACCAUUCUCGAGGCUAGGGACCGCUUGGGAGGCCGAAUGUACCAGGAAAGACUGCCCAACGGCCACUUAGUAGAUGUAGGUCCGAACUGGGUACACGGAACCACCGGAAACCCCAUGAUGGAUCUGGCCCGAGAGACGGAUACGCCAGUCGGCACCUGGGACACGGGGUCGACCGUGUACGACGAAGAUGGCGAGCUCAUUAGCUCCGAGGACUCCGAGUUCUACUCCACCACCAUGUGGAAUAUCAUCGAAGAUGCCUUUGACUACUCGAACCAGCACGGGGCCGAGACAGAUCCCAGCAAGGCGCUGUUGGACUUUUUCCGCGAGCAGAUACCGCAUAAGAUACCAGACACCGAGGAGGACUAUGAGAAGAAGAGGAGUAUCAUGCUCCAGAUGGCCACGCUUUGGGGUAACUUUGUUGGCAGUCCCGUCGACAAGCAGAGUCUGAAGUUCUUCUGGCUCGAGGAGUGUCUCGACGGCGAGAACCUCUUUUGUGCGGGGACCUAUGAGAAGAUUCUGCAGAAGAUUGCACAGCCGGCAGUGGACGGUGCUGACAUUAGGUAUCAGACUCGGAUUUCCGAAAUAUAUGGCAAGUCCACCACAGCCAACAACGACUUGGUCAACGUCAAAACCACCGACGGCCAUAGUUUUGAAUUCAACGAAGUCGUCGUUGCCGCGCCGCUGGGGUGGCUGAAGCAGAACCCCCAAGCGUUCAUCCCCCCUUUACCGCCACGCAUGACCGAGGCGAUCCAGAGCCUCGGGUACGGGUGCCUCGAGAAGGUCUACAUCUCCUUCCAAAAGGCGUUCUGGCUUACCCCGGACGCGAGCGGGCGGACGGUCAAGGGCUUCGCGCAGUGGCUGUCGCCCAAGUACGCGCCCGACUCCAACCCGGCGCGGUGGACCAACGAGAUCGUCGAGCUGGCGUCGCUCGCGCCGUCGGCGGCGCACCCGACCUUGCUGUUCUACAUCUACGGCGAUGAGUCGCACCACGUCACGGCGACGGCGCGCGCGCUGCCGGCGGGCAAGGAGCGCGACGAGUACAUCUUUGCCUUCUUCAAGCCGUACUACUCGCGGCUGCCGUCGUAUGACGAGGCCAGCGCCGACUGCCGGCCCACGUGCUGCCUCGCCACCGACUGGCUGCACGACGACCUCGCCGGCAACGGCAGCUACACAAACUUCCAGGUCGGCCUGCGCGAGGGCGACAAGGACGUCCGCGCCCUGCGCGCCGCCGUGCCCGCCGAGGGCGUCUGGCUCGCCGGCGAGCACACGGCCCCCUUCGUCGCCCUCGGCACUGUCACGGGUGCCUACUGGAGCGGCGAGGAUGUUGGUAAGCGGCUCGGGCAGGCGUACGGCCGGGCCGGGUUCGACAGGAGUCUCGAGAUGGCUUGAGUUGGCUUUCUCUCUUGCAGUUUGUCGGAUUUUUUUGGAUUUUUUUUGGGGGGGGGACGGUGGUGAGUUUACAUUUAUAUUGAACCUUUUUGGGGGGCGGGGCGGGAAGGGUUGAAUGUUUGGAGUUUUUUCUUUCUUUUCUUUUGGAUUUCUUUUUGUCACUGUACGGAUACCUUUACUCUUUCGUGUGAUUGCAUGCCACUUAACUGGUGGCUGCGGGCUACAGUUGACAUUUGCAUAACCGGCUUUGUUUAACCUUGACGGAGAUUUCCAAGGUACGGAAUAAGUGCUCAUCAAAUCUUAGUGUAAGUACUGUACC